AUGGAAGAUAUCCGCGCAGUAAAAAGUCUGUUAACUCAAGGGGCAUACAUGUGUUCCCUUGAUUUAAAGGAUGCUUACUUUCUUGUCCCAGUACAUGAAAAAUAUCGAAAAUACUUAAGAUUUAAAUUCCAAAGCAAACUGUUUCAAUUUACGUGUCUGCCUUUCGGAUUAUCCACGAGUCCGUACACCUAUACCAAAAUUAUGAAACCAGUUAUGCAUAAAUUGAGAUUAAUGGGUAUAUUAUCAAUAAUUUACAUUGAUGAUAUUCUUUUUAUACAAAAAUCUUAUAAUAAAUGUUUAAACAAUGUGAAAGAAGCAAUAAAUCUGCUAGAAAAUCUGGGUUUUGUAUUAAAUUAUCCAAAAAGUUCCUUAAUACCUAGUCAAAAAUGUAAAUAUCUAGGUUUUAUAAUCAAUUCCAUAGACUUUAGGUUAGAAUUAACAGAAAAGGAAAAACUUAAAAUCAGGAAUAUGACUAACCAAUUCAAAGAAGGCAACUUUUAUAAGAUUCGUGAUGUUGCUAGAAUGCUUGGGGUGCUGACAGCAGCAUGUCCGGCGGUGGCAUAUGGCUCGAUUUAUUGUAAACGAAUUGAAAGACAAAAGUUCUUAGCACUACUUCUGAAUGAUAAUGAUUAUGAAGGAGAAAUUUAUAUCAACAAAACUAUGUCAAAUGACUUAGUUUGGUGGAAAGAAAAUUCUCAGAUAGGAUCGAAUCCAAUUAGAACAUUUAAAUUUUCAUUAAAAUUAUCCUCAGAUGCUUCUCUGACUGGAUGGGGAGCUCAUUGUCAAGGAAUAAGUACCCAAGGUUUUUGGAACCAAGAAGAAAAGAAAUAUAGUAUCAAUUACCUUGAACUGUUAACGGCCUUUUUUGCGCUUAAGUGCUUUGCUUUUUCAUUAUCUAAUUGCGAAAUCUUGUUAAGAAUGGAUAAUACAUCUGCAAUAUCUUACAUAAAUAGAACAGGAGGAGUUCAACUUCCCCACCUCAGUGAAUUAUCGAGAAAAAUCUGGCAGUGGUGCGAAAGUCGAAAACUAUGGGUUUUUGCAUCUUAUAUACCUUCAAAACAGAAUGUAGAAGCAGAUCUAGCGUCUAGGGUGUCUAACAUAGACACCGAGUGGGAAUUAGCCCCUAAAGUAUUUAAGAAAAUAAAUAAAAAAUGGGGUUCAUUUACGAUAGAUCUUUUUGCCUCUAGGCUAUACAAAAAGUGCAAACGUUUUUGCUCUAGGUUUCCAAACCCAGAAGCUGAGACAGUGGAUGCUUUUACAACUACAUGGAAAAACAAAAAAUUUUAUGCGUUUCCGCCUUUCGCACUUAUUUCGAGAACUCUACAAAAGAUAGUUGUAGAUGAAGCUGAGGGCACGGUGGUUGUGCCACUCUGGCCAACUCAGCCCUGACAGCAAAUACAUCCACUGGCAUCAAAACUUUCAUUGAUGGUAGGAAACUUAUCCGGAAGGCGUGUCUGAAGAAAAGUGUUGCUGAGGAUUCAGUGGAUAUUAUGAUCAACUCUAUAACAACAUCAACGCUCAAGCAAUACCAAACUCCCCUGAAGUUAUGGUUGAACUUUGCAUCAGAAAAUAACAUUGAUGUAUUUCAUGCAGAAACACCGGCGAUCAUAACUUUUUUGACAAAAAGAUUCAAAGAUGGUGCCAGUUACGGCACACUGAAUUCAACAAGAUCAGUUAUUUCUCUUAUAUCUUCACGUGAUAUUUAUGGAGAUGGUCUAAUAUCACGAUUUUUCAAAAGAAUUUUUAAACAAGACCUACAAGACCCAAGUACUCUACCAUUUGGGACACAACGCUAUAUUUAAGCACCGUUUGGAACACCGGUGCUUAAAUAUCUAGAGAAUCUUUAUCCUUUGAGGAAUUUAAAAGCCAAAGAUGUAGCAGAAAAGACUGCAACACUCUUAGCAUUAACUACCGCACAUAGACUCCAAACAUUAGCACUAAUAAAUAUAGACAAUAUUUCAAUAUCAAGUGCAGGUAUUACCAUUAAAAUACCAGAUUUAAUUAAAACCUCAAAACCAGGUAGUUUUCAGCCUGAAAUAAUUCUACCAUAUUUCAUAGAAAAACUAAGUCUCUGUGCGGCUUCUAUUAUCCUAGAAUAUUUAGAAUUUACUAAAAAAUUAAGAACAAAUAGUAAUAAGAGAUUGCUGAUUUCCACGGUUAAACCAUACGGUGACGUGAGUGCGCAAACGAUUGGACACUGGAUUAAAUCUUUACUUGGUAAAGCGGGUAUAGAUACAAACCAGUUUUCGGCUUAUAGUACAAGACAUGCUGCAGUUUCAGCAGCUCACCAAAAGGUGUCGAUAUUGACACAAUUCGACGUACAGCAGGUUGGUCCAUCCAAUCACAAACAUUCGCAAAAUUUUACAAUAAGCCGAUACAAACUCCAAAUAAUAAUUUUGCGCACUCGAUAUUGAAAAA